AUGCAGAUAGGCUUAUGUAUCAUGUUGUCAAUUGACUUUAUAGCUGUUUUAACUGAUAUUACAUUAAUUCAUAUCAAUCGCAAACGGCGGCGGAAUCGACUGAUGGAGUAAGUAUCCUGCCUUGCCGUCGCUUUGCCUUGCCUAGCCUUGCCUUGCCUUGCCUUGCCUUGCCUUGCCUUGCCUUGCCUUGCCUUGCCUUGCCUUGCCUUGCCUUGCCUUGCCUUGCCUUGCCUUGCCUUGCCUUGCCUUGCCUUGCCUUGCCUUGCCUUGCCUUGCCUUGCCUUGCCUUGCCUUGCCUUGCCUUGCUUUGCUUUGCCUUUCCUUGCCUUGCCUUGCCUUGCCGUUGCCUUGCCGAUCCUUGCCGUUGCCUUGCCUUCCCUUCCCUUGCCUUGCCUAACCUAUACCCUAAAACACCCCACCAACAAAAUACAGUACCAUAAAAGCUAGUGGUACUAAAAUUAAUAAUACUUAUAAGGGUAUUGUUGUAGCAGUCGCCAAAGGUACACCUUAUCAUCGUCGUAUCAACUAAAUGAAAAUCAAUGUACUACUGGUAUUGUACUGCCAGUUACAAUAACUCAAAGUUCGUGUUAUCUAUUUUACACAUGCUCUUCAUUGUUAUCAAGGCACAUGUAUCCAGCUGGUGACAUACGACUGUACCCUUUGACUAAUUUUUGCUACUUGGUAAAGUUUUAAAAAAUUAAAAAAAUUUUAAAAAAAUUUUGAAUUGAAUAAUUUUUUACUUUUUUAGUUUUUAGUAUUGUUAUAUUACAGUAAGUACAAUAGAGAAAGCUAAAAAUUGCCAUAAUGUGCUUAAAUGUACAAUAUAAACCUAUGAUAUAGCUAUAAUUAAAAUUUGCAGUUCUGCCAAUUAAGCCUGCUGCUGGCUACAAUCACAUUUCACAAACAAUACCUCACAACCUACAAUAUCCAGAAGAGAAAGCUAUUGGAAAUACAAUUAACGCAAAGCACUGAACAAUAUUUUCAUUCACUAAACCAACACAUGAACAAGGCUUUCGAAAUCCGAGAAAAUUUGUGA